AUGACAGAUUCAACACCAUCAUCCCCAUCACUAAGCCACCUCCUCUCCCUCCCCUCCUCAACCCGUACCCCCAUCCUCCACUCCGCCCUCACCUCCUACCCCACUCUAACCCCCCCGAACCUCACCCCUCUCGACCAGAUCCGCUACACAACCAUCCCAACUCACCUACAAACCCACUCCCAUCUGUCAAAACCCCAACUCCUCCAACUCUUGCACUGGAAACUCUCCCAUGGAAAAUUCCGUCCCACUCUCCAAAAAUUAAUCGACUCCAAUUCGCCCCAAGUUAUUGAAGAAACCACCCGGCGAGCCCUCGCGGAAUUCUCCAAAGAUGAAAACUCUCCCAAAACAGCACUGAAUAUCCUUACGGAGUUAAAAGGAAUCGGUCCGGCGACGGCUUCGCUGAUUCUGGCUUGUAAGGACCCCGAGGGGACCGUCUUCUUUGGGGAUGAAGUGGCGCUGUGGGUGCUGGGAAAUGGAGAUUGGAAGAGGAAAUUAAAGUAUUCGUUGAAGGAGUAUUUGGAGGUGUAUGAGAGAGUGAGAGAGGUGAAGGAGGUUUUGGGCUUGAGUGCUGUGGAGGUGGAAAAGGUGGCGUUUGUUUUUGGGAAGAGAGCAAAAGGUGCGGUGGGGGAGAGCAGGAUGGGUGUGAAGAGUAAGGUUGAGGAUGUGGUGGAUGUUGCGGAUGGUGCGGAGGAAGUGGGAGGGAAGUCUAGUAAGAGGAAAGUCGAAAAGAUUGGAGUGGCGGAGAAGCCUGCGAGCAAGAAAAAGGCCAAGGUUGAAGGGAUCUCUCCUCCACCGCCAUCAUCGGCUGCAGGUACCAGGAGAUCUACCCGAUCGAGUAAAAAGUCGUGA